UUUCAUCACUCCAUGCAAAAAAUUCUCAUACGCUCGAUUUAUAAUUUGCGUGUCUAAGGUACUGAUUCUGUUGCAACCUCGACCAAUAUACAUUUCGAUCUUGUAUCAAGUCUGUUCUCUUCCCCCGCAGCCUGACUGCUUUAACUGCACAUCGGCAAGGCUCGGCUGCCCUCCACCCAAAUGAUAUUUCGCCUUGCGUACUACCGUGAAUUCUUGGAAUGCCGGGGUGUCUUCAGCCCGUUUCACAGCUAUACACGAUCUUACUUGAAGCCCUGACCUUUAAACGGGAGGCUAAUAGCGAUCCCAGCCAAGCACUGCUGACCCAAGAUCCAGUCAUUCAGGAGGUACUGGAGCUAGCUGAAGGUGAGAUUUCAAUGGCAAAGAACCCGAGCCGGACGAAAGCUCCUAGGAAAAAGCGAUUUGCACAGACUAAUGGGGAACAUUAUCAUCACUUGGAUGCCCUAAACUUCAGGAAGUCCCUUUCGCAAUGGGACAGGGUCAGAGGUUGGCUAUGUCCUGGUAGGAACACCCAGCGGCGACAAACUGAAGUGGAGCAUUGGAUGGGGAAUGUUGGGAAUGGAGAACACAUUUGGGGUAAUAGUGCAGGGAUCAUAGCCCAAAAAUAUGGGGAGAUCUGCAGAAUCACGGGCUCUGGUGCCUUCGGAGUGGUCCUGCUCCUGCAUAAGACACGGAAUUGUAACCCCCCCAUUGACCGCUACUAUGCCUUGAAGGUCUUUCGUCACAGACCCGGUCAACCGUUGGCUGAGUAUCAAAAGCGAGUGAGGGCGGAAUUCUCGAUUGCUUCCUCGUUACAGCACCGGAAUAUUAUACAAGCGUUCGAACUUCUCUCUGUUGGUACUGAUAACCUGUGUGAAUGUAUGGAGUAUUGUUCCGGUGGGGAUUUAUAUUCCCUCCUGGUUAUCUCUGGCCCCUUAGAGACGGCGGAGGCAGAUUGCUUCUUCAAGCAGCUACUCCGCGGUAUCUGCUACAUGCACGAAAUGGGUGUCGCCCACCGUGAUCUGAAGCCGGAGAAUCUUCUUCUAAGUCAGCGUGGCUGUUUGAAAAUUUCUGACUUCGGUAACGCGGAAUGUUUUCGCUUCUCGUGGGAAACUCAAGUGCACAUGUCGAGGCAGCGUUGCGGCACCGGGCCAUAUAUUUCUCCCGAACAAUACCACGAGGAAGAGUUUGAUCCUCGAUCCGUUGAUAUCUGGUCGGCGGGUAUUGUAUAUGUAGCUAUGAGAACAGGAAGGAAUCCCUGGAAGACCGCAAAUGAGGCAGAUGAAUGCUUUAGAGACUAUCUCGAAGACCGCCGGGCAGGUCGGGGGUACUUCUUGAUUGAAGAUAUAGGCCAUGUCAGGUUAUCCACCACCCCUUCCGUGAUAUUCCCAGACCGUUAAUUCUACCGAUACAGGACCGAAGCCGGGAAGUUCUAUACUCUACGCUAGAUUUUAAUCCGCUGCGCCGGCCCACAGCAGCCGCGAUCCUUAGAACUCAGUGGGUAAAGCAAAUCGCUUGUUGUGAAGCUGCUAGCUCAGGACUCCACGAGCAGCUGCCUGGCCCGUGGACUUCACAAUCCACCGAAGAGCUUUCCAGGGUAGUAUAGUUUUGCGCUGCCGAGAGAAGUGAUUUUAUACCAGUCAGGAAGGGUGUGAGGGACCACCUUCCGGGUAAAAUGCAGGGCACUUGAGGAGGACUUGGUAGGUAUUUUGAUUGGAAAGACGCGUGGGGGAAUUAACUGCACAUUGUGAUAUCUCGUAUAAGCUGCCGUGUCAUGCUACUUUUGAAAAGCUCAUAGUCAGGUGGGCAGUUAAUACGAAAUAUUACGAGAGACUUUAGCGUGGGUAGCGGGGGAUACCAUUACAAUUUGGAAACCUGGUCCUCCAACACUUGUCCUAUGAUGAGAGAACGUCGGGUAUAUUGGUUUAGUGUGUACAUGACUUCCAGAGGCGUCUUCGCGCAUGUUCGCUUUCCCCAUUUGAAGUAACUGUAGAUUGGACCAACUUCGAUUUUCC